CGUUUACCAUUCAGCAACCCCGAGUCGAGAUUAAAAAAAGUGUGUUUUCUUUAGCCGUUUCCCUCCACCAAUCAUGCGUACCGGAGUGGUACGCCUGGCACGAGCAUUGCCAAAGAUGCUGGACCCCCCGCUACAGCAGCACAGCUUCGGUGCCCGUCGUCCCAAGUUGGCCGUAACGUGUGCCGACAUUCCCGUUCGCUACAUCGAUCUUCUCAAGCAAAACUGCGAUGUGACCGUGUGCCAGGGAACGAGCCGUGCCGACAUCCUGCGCACCAUUACCGGUGCCGAGGGUAUUCUGUGGCUCACGGGCGAUCGGCUCGAUGCAGAAGCGCUCGAUGCAGCCGGCCAGCAGCUGAAGGUGGUCUCUACCAUGACGUCCGGUAUGGAUUACGUCGAUGCUGGUGAGUUCACCAAGCGCGGCAUUGCCCUUGGCCACACACCGAAGGUGGUGAACGAUCCGGUGGCGGACAUUGCAAUCGGGCUGAUGCUAGCCGCGGCCCGGCGGUUCCACGAAGGUCGGCUCAAGAUUGCCACCGGUGAGUGGGAAAUUCGACCGCAGUGGAUGUUGGGGCAGGAUGUUCCCGGAUCGACGGUUGGCAUCGUAGGGUUCGGCGGCAUCGGACAAACGAUACUGAAGCGUCUGAAAGGGUUCGACAUUGGACGGUGUCUGUACACGGGUAGGAGCAGAAAGCCGUCGGCUGAUCUGGUCGGAGCGUCCUACGUCGAUCUGGCAACGCUGCUGCGGGAAAGUGAUUUCGUAUUCAUCGCCUGCCCGCUGACGGGCGAUACGGCAAGGAUGUUCAAUCGCGAAACGCUCGCGCUGAUGAAACGGUCGAGCGUGUUGAUCAAUGUCGCACGUGGCGGGAUCGUCGAUCAGCCGGCGCUGGUGGAGGCGCUUCGCGAGGGGACCAUUUUUGCUGCUGGACUCGACGUGAUGACGCCGGAACCGUUGGAUACGAACGAUCCACUGCUAUCGCUGCCAAAUUGUGUUGUCGUGCCUCAUCUGGGCACCGCUACCCAGCAGAGCCUUCUGGACAUGUUUGCUAUCACAGCAAAUAACGUGCUCUCCGUUCUGGCAGGCGGACCACUAGUGGCACCGUAUCAAAAGCGAUAAAAUACAUUUUAUGUUUA